AUGCCUCUCGAAAUCGGUUUGUUACAAAGUCUGAUAGGCGUUUACAUUCGGUUUGGAGGGUUCCAACGAAUGGCUUGCAAUCUACGAUCAAAGGGUCAAUUGGCAGUAGCAAUUCAGAAUGGUCAUUGGGAGGCAAACCGCGUGCCGUGGAUACAAAUUAUGGGUGAUCAAGAAAACAACAAAAAUGUGGAACAAAUAGUAUUUACAAAAGCCCAAGUUGACGAGAUUGUUGCAGCCGUAACUAGACGAGUCAGAGAGUCUCAAUCCAAGCGGUCAGUCCCUCGGUACAACAAUGAAGACUGGAACACUCCCAGAAGUACAAAUCCAAACUUCGUCACCCAACUCAAGCUAUGGAACAUUGAUUCUUUACAACUCAUUUCCGCCAUUUACAAACUUACAGAAAAUAAAAGAGUUCAGGCGAGAGCAGCAGCUGAAAUCUAUGAAAGCCCCCAAUACAUAAUUGAACGAGGUGUGCACAAAAAAGAUGAAGGAUUCUACCAUGACAACAUGGAAAGAGCACGCCGAAUUGCGGUUUUCGGCUUCGGUACAGCCAGGCAGCAAGAUAUUGAAGCAAGAGAACACACAGCCAAGGCUCUUAGAUUACCACACAGCCUUAAACACCUGGAGACGCCAGAGAUGCCCACCGAGCAAACAAUCACAAUAAAUUCAACUCCACUAGAGGCAGAGGUGGUGGAAGGGGAGCCAGUGAAUAUAGAGGAAGGCGUCCUUUUUUAUCCAACAGAGGGAGAGGACAAGGCAACUGGACACUGUCGAGAGGACACCAGUCCAGCAAUUUCCAAGAGUCCACUCCCAGAUCAACCCCAAACGACAGCAGCAACUAGUAAUUGA